GUUAGUGUUUCAAUACUGUCCCUUCUCUUUCCUGUGCCCACUUAGGUGGCCCUGGUGCCUGCUAUGGCGUCCUCUCUGAAGUCCUGGGGUACGCUUCUGCUCCUGCUGGGCCUGCAGUGCAGCCUGCUUGCACAGAGCACUUCCAGGAGGGCGUUCAUGGAAUACCAUCACCUGAAUCCAAACAGAGCAUUCAGUGCAUACAGAUGUGAUGAGCUCAUGACAGAUAAAGGUCUGAAACCCAAGAUCUCACACUUACUUGUUCAUAUGUCAUGGUACAGAGUUGAGCAUGUAUGCAUUAGUAACAACUUCAAAGAUCGUUACAAAAACUCCUAUGUUUGGGCUCAGAUGCCGAUUAAGGUCCUGCAGUGCCAUUGGGAUAAUUACAUAAGCAGAUACGUAGAGACAAGGAGCUACAACUAUGUUCUCUUUCACUGUGAUGCAGAUGGGCAUGUCGACAGAAUAGAGGACAUGAAGAUGCUGGAGCCCAUCUUUGACUAGAAAGUCUCGCCAGCUGGCCAGCUCUGGGCAAGCCGUUAGUAAUUCUCAAACGUCAACCCCCUGCUUACGAUGGCUACCAUUACUCCACUUCACAAUUGAAUGCCAGUGUUUCCCAACCAUGUUGAUGCUCGGUAUUAUGAUCAUGCUGAUGUUGAUCUCUGCCUAAAAUAACAUUCUUCCCUUGUCUACUUAACUUCUACUCACCUUUUUCAUGACUCGGCUCACACGGCUUCUGCUGCUGGGAAAACAUAUCUGAGAGAACCCACUCAAGGGAGGAGUGAUUCGCCUCCUCGUCUCGGGGCUUUCAGUCUGUGGUCUGUUGGCUCUGUUGUUCGUGGAGGAGAGUGAGGUAGAACAUCAUGAUGAGAGAAAUGUGGCCGAGCAGAGCUGCUCACUUCAUAAAGACUGGGAAGUAGAAAGAAGGAAGGGGAAGGGCAUGGGGACAAGAUGUGACAACUGUGGUUCCAGUGGCCUGCCCCCUCAACUGGGUCCUUGAACCAUGCAGCUAUGAAUUCAUCAUUGGAUUAACCCACUGCCAAAGCUAAUUACAGCCUUUGUGGCCCAGCCAGCAAGUAAGCCUUCAACAACAGAGCCUGUGGGAGGACAUUGGACACCUAAACCACACAGCAUCUUCUCUUGACUCAGUCAGGGUGUCCCCCCUCCCCAAGUCACCAUCUUUAUGACUAUCUAAACCCCAUGAUCCUCCCUUCUACAAAUAAAUUGUUAUUGCACUGUGUGUUGCACAUAUACA